AUGCGCUCUACUUUGUUGAUUGCGGCUUUGGCCGCUGGCUGUGUCAGCGCCUUUGAGAAGCGUGUUUACGUUACCGACUGGACCACCGUCACCGUCACCGAGACCAUUACCGCGCCCACCGUUACCGAGACUGUUCCCGCUGUCAAGAAGGUGCCUUUUGUGUUUGAGACCACCACCUCUGUGCCCGACGCUGUGACCACCUCUGUGUCUGUCGCCGAGACUUCGACUACCCCCGCCGCUACCGUCGAGGUCAAUACCGACCUGUAUAAGAAAUCCACCGUCCCUCCCGACACCACUACCACCUCGGUGGCUCAGGCUGCGCCGACCGAGGCCGCCUCGACUUCCUACUACUCUACCGCUUGGACUUCGACUAUUGAGCCUUCCGCAGCUUCGUCGACCCUGGCUACCUCGACCUCCAGCGCCUCCACUGCCACCGCCUCUGCCACCAACGCCUACCAGCAACAGGUGCUUUACAACCACAACAUUCACCGCAGCAACCACUCCGUCUCCUCGCUUGAGUGGUCUGCCGAUCUUGAGUCUAGCGCUUACACCCUUGCCGCUCGUUGUACCUAUGAGCAUGAUACCUCAAUCGAUGGCGGCGGCUACGGUCAGAACAUCGGAUACGGUGUCACAGCCAGCGAUGUCGGUGUUAUGAUCACCAAUCUGAUGUACAACGAUGAGAUCGAAUACUUCCCCACCCCUUACGGCGAGUCCGACCCCAGCAUGUCUGACUUUGACAAGUGGGGUCACUUCAGUCAAAUUGUGUGGAAGGCUACAACUCACGUUGGCUGUGCUACUGUGGUCUGUGACCCUCUAGGCGACGUUGACUCCAGCGAUGCCUUGCCAUUCACCGUUUGCAACUACUCGCCAGUCGGUAACGUCGGCGGUGAAUACGGUGACAACGUUCUGCAGCCUGAUGGAGGUGCCACCUACACCGCUUAA